CAUGUUGUCUUUCUGACUCUCAUUGACUGCUGUCAUUGGACAGGACGGCUACCUGCUGUAACCUCACAUGAGACUUAAAAAUUGUAUAAUUUCUUAAUUUAACCGGUUAUAUGUGUUAGCCUCACUGGGUCCAGUGUUUUUGGCCUGUGUUGUGGUUGUUCUUAGGUUAGCGGUGUGCUGGUUAAAGACAGCCAACAAGGUGCAAUAAGCUAAACUCAGCUAGCAUUGACAUUUAAAGUUACCCUCACAUUGCUGAGACAUGAGUACGAUGUAAAAAGCUUUAUGUAUGUAAGUGCAGGCAAAUAUGAAGAAACCAGUCCAGUGACAAUGAACCUACAGCUCUGACUGGCUUUGUUAUGGGCCGAUUGAGGAAAGUCACAGUUUUAAGUAAAUGGUGUCGUUAUUUGUCCGUCUUUUUAAAGAAGCUGUUAAACUUUGUCACGAUGCGCCGACUUUUGACACGAGUUAUAAACCGAGUUUUGCUGAGUGAGCUGUUUACACCGGCGAUGGGCUUUGAAGCAGAAAUACACGUACAAGGCCGCCGAAGGAUGGUGGUAGGGCUGGGUAAUGUGGGGAUGGAGGGUACCAGACACAGUGUCGGCAUGGCGGUACUCGGAACGCUUGCCACCCGGCUUGGUGUAGCGGAUCGUUGGCGCGGCGACAAGCACGUGUCCGGUGAGGUCAUCAUGUCAGAGGUACAAGACACACAUGUGGUGCUGCUCCGCCCCAGGCUGCUGAUGAACGUCAAUGGAGUGUCAGUGGCCAAAGCAGCUGCUAAAUAUGGCAUCAAGCCUGAAGACAUCUUGCUCGUCCAUGAUGAACUAGACAAGCCUCUGGGGAAAAUCGGCAUCAAACAUGGAGGAAGUGCCAGAGGUCAUAAUGGAGUCCGCUCAUGUAUAGACUGUCUUCAGGCUGACGUGAUGCCCAGACUUCGAGUUGGGAUCAGUCGGCCGACAGGGAAAACUUCUGUGGAGCGACACGUACUAGGAAGAUUCUCCACAGAGGAGCAGAAAGUUCUGGACUCUGUUCUAGUCCAAAGUGUGGACCUUCUCAUCUCCCAGCUCUCCCAGCAAGACUCCAAACAGGACCCCCAGUCCUCCUCCUCCUCACCAGCAGGGGGCAGACAUGCAGCACAGAAGACGAACAAGAGGGAGCGCUCAGCCUCUCCAGCUGAGGACUCUGCUGCUGCUGCUCAGAGCUGAAGCUCAAAAUUUCUGAACUCAAACACAAAUAUGAAGUAGAAAACAAGAACCUUUUACAGAGAGAGGAUUUUUAUUGAGACUGAAUUUUCUUCUGUGGUGGGUUAAAUAAGAUGCACAUUUCUGCAGAGCUCAGUAUGAGGUGGAGGAGCACAACCUCCUAAAAGCAGAAGCAAAGCUAAUUCUGUCAAUUUAUUUAAUUUUUUUUGGCUGAAUUACGGUUUAUAAACACAAGUUACCAUUCUAAACAGUAUUGAUUACUACUAUUUGUCUGAUUGUUGGUUCAGAUUGAUAACAAAACCUGUACAGCUGCCAACAGUGUGUCACCAGAGUAGCUCCUUCCUGUGACAUAAAUAAAAAGGGGAACACUUUAUACAAAGUCAAAUGCUUAAAAACAUCUUUGUAAAAUAAAGGCAUGCACAUAAUAGAUGCGUGGUGGUAGAGGAUGUGGAGACGUUUGAUGUAAUACAUGUUGGUCCUGAUGUGAUAAGCUGGGGUGUAGUGGGGGAUGAACCGAAGUAUCUACCUCUGAGAUGAGGCUGAGAUCAUCUAUUUUCAGUUUAGCUGUAUCAACGAAUAAAGGUAAACUACACUUUA